AUGGCGGUGGUCAGUAAAAUGGCGUCCGCCAAGAGCAGCCGCGCGCCUGCAGUCGUAGCAGGUGCUGCAGCUCUUCUGCUGGCACCGACCUUCUUGGCCCCUCAGGCCCCACGGCAAGUGGAGGUGCACCAAUCACGCGCUGCCACGACUGGUAACGUUGCGAGGAGCGGCGCUGCUGAAACUUUAACAUCUGUCGGUGCUGCAAGUGCUGCUGCCCUGGCCGGUGCCGCCGUGGCUACUGGCUCCAGCCGAAAACUUACUUCCAGAGGUGCACUGGCCCGGAGCUCCAAGUCGCAACAGAACGACAAGGAGUUUCAAAGACGCAUCUCUCAUUUGAUCUCUGUGGCGCAAGUGCUGCUUCAGCGCCCAGGACCAGACCAGCUACAGCACUUGGUGCACGAGCUCCAGUCCUUCGCCGCCGCCGAGCUUCGGCGUUCUGUGACUCUGUCAGCUUCCGUGGCCAGCGCCUUUGCAGAUGUAGUUGCAAGUGCCGAGGAGGCCACACGAUCGAGCGCCGAGGGCCAGCUUCGCUGGGCUGCUAGCGCUGCAGCAUCUCUUCUUCUCACCUUCGCGGUGACACUGCAGCCGGCCAACGCAGCGGAUGUCGUGAACUACUCUGACUUCCUGGACUCCGUCAAAAAGGGGGACGUGGAGAUGGUGCGUGUGCAGAAUGACAUGCUGUCAGCGCAGUACACAACAAAGGAUGGUGCCAGAAGGGAUGUCAACCUCAUACCCAACGCUCAGAUCGAAGAUGAACUGUUCAACACGCUUGCAGACAAGAAGGUGGACGUCGUUAUGCAGAAUGCCAAUGCCGGUGGCUCUCCUUUUGAUUUCCUCGCCCGCUUUGCGGGCCCCAUUGCCUGGCUGAUCGCCGGCUUGCUGCUUCUAUUUGGAGGUCUGCCAUUUGGAGGUCCUGCGGGUCCUGGAGGCCCGGGAGGCAAUCCCUUCGAGCUUGGAAAGUCGAAAGCCCGCAUCAUCAAGGACGGCGACACCAAAGUCAAGUUCGGGGAUGUUGCAGGCUGUGACGGUGCAAAGCAAGAGUUGGUGGAGGUCGUAGACUUCUUAAAGAACACGUCAAGGUAUUCAGAACUCGGUGCCAAGAUUCCGAAGGGUGCUUUGCUGGUGGGCCCACCAGGGACUGGAAAGACGCUGCUUGCAAAGGCUGUGGCGGGUGAGGCUGGCGUGCCGUUCUUCAGCAUUUCAGCCUCGGAGUUUGUCGAGAUUUUUGCGGGGAUUGGUGCAUCCCGCGUGAGGGAUCUCUUCGAACAGGCCAAGAAGUCAGCCCCAUGCAUCAUCUUCAUUGAUGAGAUCGAUGCAGUGGGCCGUCAGCGUAGCGCCGGCUUCGGCCAAGGCAACGACGAGCGUGAGCAGACCGUGAACCAGCUGCUGACAGAAAUGGAUGGCUUCGAGAGCAACAAGGGGGUUGUGGUCAUUGCGGCCACGAACCGAGCCGACAUCCUGGACCAAGCUUUGGUGCGACCAGGCCGCUUUGAUCGUCAGAUCCAGGUCGAUCCUCCUGAUGUGCAGGGACGUACCGAGAUUCUCAAAGUUCACGCCAAGGACAAGAACUUGGCACCUGGAGUUGACCUGUCUGCAGUUGCCCGGCAAACCCCUGGAAUGUCGGGUGCUGACCUCGCCAACCUCCUGAAUGAAGGUGCCAUCCAGGCAGCCAGAUCGAACAAAGCCGAGAUCGAUGCGGACGACAUCUUCAAUGCGCUCGAGCGCAUCUCCAUCGGCCUGGAGAAGAAGGAUGCUGUCAUGUCAGAUCAAAAGAAGAAGCUGGUAGCGUACCACGAAGCUGGCCAUGCCAUCUUGGGCGCUUUGAUGAACGAUUAUGACGUUGUGGCAAAGAUCAGCAUUGUCCCACGUGGGCCGGCCGGCGGGGUCACCAUCUUCAUGCCGUCCGAGGAUCGCCUGAACUCAGGCCUAUACUCGAAGGAGUUCUUGGAGAAUCGCAUGUGCGUGGCACUGGGUGGUCGUCUGGCGGAGGAGAUCAUUAAUGGCAGGGACAAUGUCACCACAGGUGCCUCUAACGACUUCCAGCAGUGCACGCAGGUGGCCAAGACCAUGGUCAUGCAGCUUGGCAUGUCACCGGAGAUUGGUCAGCGCCUUUUGGGAGGUCAGCAGCAGGGAGGACCCUUCAUGGGACGUGACUUUAUGGGCCAGGGUGCGCCACCGAUGUCUCAGGCCCUGAAGAAGACGGUCGAUUCGGAGGUGAAGCGCAUCGUUGACGAACAGUACCAGCGGGGAAUGAAGUUGCUGAGGGACAAUAUGUACCUUCUGGACACACUUGCCAAGACCUUGAUGGAGGAGGAGAAGGUUUCUGGUGAUCAGCUGAUGAAGAUGAUCAACCAAGCGGCUGCCGAAGGCAAGCUUGUCAUGGGCAACAGCAAGAUGGCCAUGGCAGCGUAUGCUGGCGAGAAGGUCGAAGCAACUGCCGAUGGCACCCUCGCGAAGAAGGCCAAGUGCGUGCACCCCGACAAGCCCAUGAUGUUUGCUUGUGCGGACUGUCCUCGGCGGGGCUUCUGCGGCUCUACACGCGCGGCUCCGCGUGAUGGCCGCGCAUCGCGAAGCGCUGUGGCUCGCCUGGGCUUGGCCUCGGAGGAGGUGGAGGCCAAGGAGUGCACCAGCGAGGAGGUGAUGCGGCGCGUGCAGGACAUGGCUCUGGACAUAUCCAAUGGAGAAGCGCUGCCGAAUCAGGUGGUGAGGGCAGCGGCUGCUCAGGUGCUGGCAGCUCUCGCUGUUACCGCGGCGCCCAUGGCUGCUCAGGCCGACGAUGUGCCAGCGUUGCAGCCCUUCGGCGCGCCCCAGGUGCAGCAGCAGCCGGGCGGCGCGGUGCGGGUGAGUGGUCGAGUCACAUACUCUCGCUUGCUGGAGUUUGUUGACGAGGGCUCCGUGAAGCGGGUCGACUUUUAUGACUUGGGUCGAACUGCCGUAGCCCUGGUCAAUGUGGCUGGGCGCGAGCAGCAACUUGUGUGCGAUCUUCCAGGAGCUACGACGGGGCUUAUCGAGAAGCUUGUGUCCAAAAACAUUGCCAUCGAGGUGCAUCAGCCGGAGAAGCCCAAUCCGUUGUUGAAUGUCCUUGGCGAUGUUGCUUUCCCUUUGCUGCUCAUUGCCGGGCUCUUGUUCCUGCGCUCUCGUACACCUGGUGGCGGCGGCAUUCCAGGCUUCGGCAAUCAGGGCCGUGCGAAGAUCAUGAUCACACCUGAGACUGGAGUGAAGUUUCAAGACGUUGCUGGUAUCGACGAGGCCAAGGAAGAGCUGAUGGAGAUCGUUGACUUCCUCAAGGCCCCCGAGCGUUUCGUCAAGGUUGGGGCCAAGAUCCCGCGCGGCGUCCUCCUGACGGGGCCACCGGGCACGGGGAAGACGCUUAUGGCAAAGGCGUUGGCAGGCGAGUCUGGCGUGCCCUUCAUCCAGUCCUCUGCCUCAGAGUUCAUCGAGCUCUUCGUCGGCGUGGGAGCUUCACGUGUUCGUGACAUCUUCAAGCAGGCAAAGGAGAAGGCUCCGUGCAUCGUCUUCAUCGAUGAGAUCGAUGCCAUUGGACGCCAGCGAGGGGCGGGCAUGGGCGGUGGCAACGACGAGCGCGAGCAGACGUUGAACCAGAUCCUUACUGAAAUGGAUGGCUUUGAAGGCAACAGCGGGGUCAUUGUUGUGGCGGCGACCAACCGAUCCGACAUUCUCGACAAUGCCCUGCUUCGGCCAGGCCGCUUCGAUCGUCGUGUGCAAGUUGGACUUCCUGAUGUCAAAGGUCGGGAGCAGAUUCUCAAUGUUCACAUUCGAAACAAGAAGCUGGCAGAGGAAAUCACGCUGACCGACAUUGCCAAGCGAACUGCAGGGUUCAGCGGUGCCGACCUGGAGAACCUCAUGAAUGAGUCGGCAAUUCUUGCAGCUCGACGCAACAAGAAGGCCAUCUCCAUGGACGAAAUCAAUGAUGCGACCGAUCGCGUCAUUGCCGGCUUGGAGGGCCGGGCCUUGCAAGACAACGCAGCCAAGAAGCUCAUUGCAUACCACGAAGCAGGCCAUGCCAUUGUUGGAACACUGCUUCCGUACCAUGACCCGGUCAACAAGGUGACUCUUAUUCCUCGUGGCCAAGCGAAGGGGCUGACCUGGUUUACGCCGAAUGAGGAUCAGAGUCUUAUCUCGGCAGCUAUGUUGAAGGCACGCAUUGCCGGUGCCCUGGGCGGCCGCGCAGCUGAGCAGCUUGUCUUCGGAACAUCGCAAGUGACGACAGGUGCCGGCGGUGAUUUGCAGCAGGUGGAGCGAAUGGCCCGGUCGAUGGUGACCCAGUUUGGAAUGUCGGAGGUCGGUUCCCUGGCCAUCGAUGAUGGUGGCUUUAUGGGCCCCGAGUACUCGGAAGACCUGAGCCGCAAGAUCGAUGAUGCAAUCAAGGCAAUCUCGGAUGAGUGCUAUUUGAACGCGCUCACCAUUCUGAUGAAGAACCGUGCCUGCCUGGAUCGUGUGGCUGAUGAGCUCACCGAGCUUGAGACCAUCACAGGAGACCGGCUUCGAGAGCUUGUGGCUGAGUAUGCAGAAAUUCCCGAGAAGUUGGCGGCAGUCUGA